AAUUCUUUGAAAAAAGAGUCCGAAAGUCUUUGGUUGACUUGUUAAAAUGCCAAUUUUAAUGGCAAAAUGCAAAGCAGAAGUGCGGCAGCAGCAGCUCCAACAUUUCAGACACACCUUCUCCUUAAUUACUUCAACAAACAAACAAACAAUCUAAAUUGUCCUUUCCCUCUACAAAUUUAACUAAGACACGACACGUAAGAUGCCAUGUCAUCCGACAACCCCCAACCCCCACUCUCUUUCUAUGUAUCUCUUUCAGCUUCAGCUAAUUCAUUUCAGACAGCACAAAAAGACAGAGCAGAAGAUCUGAAGAUGAUGAGCUUUGUUUGGACGCCAGGAUUUUGACUGUACUAAUAAAGCCUUGAACACCACGAUACUCCAAAACCAUCCCUAAAUUCCAACCCCAAGACCAAACACCCUUCCUUAAACUUAUCUUUUCUUACAAAUUCUCUGCUCUUUAUUUUCUUCACAUUUUGGCUUACCCUAAUUUCAAGGGUAUCUUUCUAUCUCCUGAUCUGGCUCUUUCUUUUUCUUCUAUUUCUAACCUUUAACUUUCUUCAUCACCUCUCAAUCUCAACACAGAACAUUGCUGCUUUUCACUGAUCACCCAUGAUUGUGUUCUCUUCAUAAUUUGCAUAAUCAUUCUUACUUCUUUCCUAGAUUUCAACCUGUUAUAUGCGUUAAAUACUGUCGUUGACUUUGUUUACUUGUGGUUGUUGAUGAAUUCUUGUUGCUAAUAUUACAUUAAUCAGUAAACUCCAUUUCUUUCCAUUUGUAUGCCUGACCAAAUCGAUAUCUUUGCCUAAGCUAGAGACUAGUAGAUCACAGAAUAAUCAUUCUGCUUUGCAACAUUUCAACCCCGUUUCACAUUAUUUUUGCUUACAAGCUAUAUAACAUAAUUUGUCUGUCCUGUUCCUGCCUGUUUUUUCAAGGACAAUUGGUUUCCCUUCUACAUAAAGUUUUAGGUCUUCUCUGUUGUUAAAUCUAUUAUUAGAAUCUGUUGUCAAGCUACAUAGAAUCCCUUGAGAAUUACCACCAACAUGCCUCACAUACAGUCAAAGCCCGUCUAGUAUCUGUUUCUGUUCCUGGUGGAUCAUCCAUAGAAUGCAAUUUGAUUUGUAUCUUUUCAGAAUCAUAAAACGGUGGGAGAUUUUUGUUUUACUUCAAGGACAGUACCUGUGGUUGAAGCUGCCUGUCGCAGAGGUCUGAUCACAGGUUGACUAUAUCUACAAAAUUCUGGAGAAACAUGGCCAGUGGAACUACUCCUAAAGUUCGAUUAGUUAGAUGUCCUAAAUGUCGUUUGGUUCUUCCGGAAGUGGCAGAUUUUCCUGUUUACAAGUGUGGAGGGUGUGAUACAAUUCUUGUAGCUAAAAAUCGAAAAGCCAUUGUCGAAAGCACAUCUAUCUUGCAAGAAACAGAAGCUGUUCACACAGAUAAAUUGGUUCUUGUGUCUGAACAUGGAGAAUCUAGCAGCUCAACUACGCAGGAAGUUCUUCCUUCCCCUCCAAAGUGUGACUUGAGUCAAGAAAGUGGAGGGAAUCAGAAGAUAUCUAGCGACUCUCAUGGUGAGAAGCAUGGUGAGAACUUAUCAAUUGAAGGGCAACAUAAUGAUCACUACAGGAAGGAUCAAAAUACAUUCACUGAUAGUGAUAGUGAUUGUGAUAAGCUUGAUGAAAACAGACCUAAUGAAGGGCAGCAAAAUGGAAGUGGGGAAGUGGAGAGUUACAGCUGGAAUCUUUGA